AACGAAGAUGUCAAGAAUACGAAAUGGUGUGGGACUGUUGAGUCGGCAUAGAUGGGGCUUACUUCAACCGUACGGCUGCUCUACAUUGACGCUCCAGCCAAGAAAUUCAUUCUCCACCGGUAGAAUAACAAAGUCAGCCAAUUCAAUUCCUCAAUUGACCUUGUAUACCGGUACAGAUUGUCAAUUAUGCGAUGUAGCCAAGGAAGUCUUAGACAAGAUUGCAAAAGAGACACCAUUUGAUCUGCAUCUCUAUAAUAUUCGUGAUAAUUCUUUGCCUGACAUCCAAAAGUGGAGAAGGGCAUAUCAAUACGAUAUACCGGUCCUACACUUGAAUGGCAAAGAGAUUGCACGACAUAGACUUAAUAAGGAAAGUGUUUUAGAUCAAAUAAAGCAAGCUACCAAUCAAAGCUCAAACGAAAAAUAGUUCUGGAU